AUGUCCGCUGCGGCAUCGGGAACUGCACCUGUUAUUGUUCGCAGCCACUCCACAUCACGUUCCAAUUCGUCAUAUCGGACUACCCCCACAGACCUCCCCCACAGAGCAAGAAGCACAGCUGUUAGGCCCUCGCAGUCCACCCAUUCUCACCAUCGAUCCAACUCCAGACCACUUUCAUACGAUCGUCCCUCCACGUCUAAUCCAGUUAAUCCAGCCGACGCUCCUCACCGGGACUACGAGACAUCAAACGUUGCACGCCCACCUACAUUUCGCCGAAGUUUAUCCAGAGAUCGUUCCAAGGACACUACACACCAAUAUAGGGUUAAACCUUCACACUCCCAUCAUAGAACAUUAUCUAGACCAACACAAGGUCUAGAUAGUGUCGACAUGGCCGGCCCUAUGAACCCCGUGAACCCUGUGAAUACCGCGAAUCCAGUGAAUCCUGGACCUGCUGUUGCCGAUGACCAGUCAUUUGCAAAUGGGACGCAUCAAAGGCCCCCCAAUGGCAUCUCAAACAGUGUGUCGCAGCCAAAACGACGGACAACCAUCACGACAGUAUCUGGACAAUGGGCUCUCGGGAAAACCAUUGGUGCUGGCAGCAUGGGGAAGGUGAAACUUGCAAAAAACCUUGAAACAGGUGAACAGGUGGCGGUGAAGAUUAUACCUAGACAUUCGACUGAAGAGCAUCGUGGUAAUCGCGAUGCGGAGAGAGCAGAUCGCUCUAAAGAAAUACGAACAGCAAGGGAAGCAGCAAUUGUAACCCUGCUAAACCACCCAUAUGUGUGUGGAAUGCGAGAUGUUGUGCGAACAAAUUAUCACUGGUAUAUGUUGUUUGAAUACGUAAACGGAGGACAAAUGCUCGAUUACAUUAUCUCUCAUGGAAAACUAAAAGAAAAACAAGCCCGGAAGUUCGCGAGACAAAUCGCAAGCGCACUCGACUAUUGCCACAAAAAUAGCAUUGUUCAUCGGGAUCUCAAAAUCGAAAACAUUCUGAUCAGCAAGACGGGGGAUAUCAAAAUCAUUGACUUCGGCCUCAGUAAUCUAUAUUCGCCUAAAAGCCAACUGAAAACUUUCUGUGGCAGUCUGUAUUUUGCGGCGCCCGAACUUCUCCAAGCCAGACAGUAUAUCGGCCCGGAGGUGGAUGUCUGGAGUUUUGGCAUAGUCCUUUAUGUUUUGGUCUGUGGGAAGGUGCCGUUUGAUGACCAAAGCAUGCCCCAGCUCCAUGCGAAAAUCAAAAAGGGUGUCGUUGAAUACCCCCAAGGACUAUCCUCAGAUUGUCGACAUAUUAUUUCGCGAAUGCUGGUUACCGAUCCAAAGCAAAGGGCCAGUUUAAAUGAGAUUAUAAACCAUCCAUGGAUGACAAAGGGGUUCAGUGGCUCACCUGAAAAUUUUCUCCCACAUCGUGAACCUCUCCAGCUUCCACUGGACCCAGAUAUCGUGCAAAGAAUGACUGGAUUUGAUUUCGGCCCUCCGGAGUUUAUCACUGCUCAGCUAACCAAAGUCCUCGAAUCCGAGGAUUACCAAAAUAUAGUGCGAUUAAGUCAGAGGGAGCAUCCCACGCCCCACCUGGCGAAUAAUGAAAAGAAGAGAGGUGUUUUUGAUUUCUAUAAGCGUCGCAACUCAGCAAGUAAAGACACGCUUUCCAGUCCGUCUGCUGAGGUCGUACAUCCAGCAAAUGACCUUAAUGGUUAUAAUCCCUUGAUCUCCAUCUACCAACUUGUGCGUGAGAAGCGAGACAGGGAAAGACAGGAGGAAUGUCUGGGUGCACUCGCCAUACCCCAUUCUCCUUGCGAGCCGGCACUACAAAUACCAAAAAUCCCUGCUCCAGAGGCUGCCCAUACGAACCAAAACGCUUAUGAAAUUCCGGGUGACAAGGAAACUGGUGGACGAUCACGGCCUAGAGCACGAACUCAUGGCGACGAUGAGGUGAGGGAUGGAAUAAAGAAUAUCCAUCUGGGGCCAGCGGCUGCGGCGGCAUCUCCCUCUAUUGUAACCCCACCAGUCGAACAAGACCCAGUUUCAGCAUACAGCCGCCAGAAGAAGUUACUACUGGAAAAAGUUUUUAGUGUGAGGAGGCCUAAACAUGAAAUCCCCUCUCCUGCGACGCUUCACUCUGGCGGAAGCCAGCCCCAACAGCCAGAUUUUCUGCGUGCACCCCGGUCUGGGGACCCACCUCCCAGGACGAAGAAUGUUCUUGGGCGGUCAGCUAGUGUUAAUUCCGGCGACAACAGGGUGCUCAGAAAUGGGAGACGAGGAUUUUUUGAUGGUCUCGUUUCUCCGCUCUCACAGGAUCCACCAUUGACAAGUGGAUCUGACCGAUCUAGUUUGAAUGUGCAAAAGUCGCGACAACAGCAGAGCGACCACGCAGCAACCCAAGAUUCGAAAUCCACUAUUCGCACACAAACAUUUAGAACUAAAUCUCUUGGCCAUGCCAGACGCGAAACACGAACUCAUGGCGACGAUGAGGUGAGGGAUGGAAUAAAGAAUAUCCAUCUGGGGCCAGCGGCUGCGGCGGCAUCUCCCUCUAUUGUAACCCCACCAGUCGAACAAGUAAAGAAAGAAAGUGCAGCUGUUGGCUUGUUAAGACGGCUGAGCACCAGAAGAACACGGGAGAAACCGCGGGACACCGAUCGUGAAAAGAGCGCAACAUCCCAAGGACCCAGUUUCAGCAUACAGCCGCCAGAAGAAGUUACUACUGGAAAAAGUUUUAGUGUGAGGAGGCCUAAACAUGAAAUCCCCUCUCCUGCGACGCUUCACUCUGGCGGAAGCCAGCCCCAACAGCCAGAUUUUCUGCGUGCACCCCCGGUCUGGGGACCCACCUCCCAGGACGAAGAAUGUUCUUGGGCGGAUCCACCAUUGACAAGUGGAUCUGACCGAUCUAGUUUGAAUGUGCAAAAGUCGCGACAACAGCAGAGCGACCACGCAGCAACCCAAGAUUCGAAAUCCACUAUUCGCACACAAACAUUUAGAACUAAAUCUCUUGGCCAUGCCAGACGCGAAAGUAUCCAGGCUCGGAGAGCACGCCGCGAGGAAACUCGCGAGGCAAAUGUCCCCGAGGAGACGGAUGCUGACCUGAGUAACACCGGCAAUACGAUGGAAAAUGUAAAUACAGGAGAAGACUUUUCGAAGCCCGUCUUUCUUAAAGGCCUGUUCAGCGUUUCGACAACUAGCAGCAAACCCCUCCCCUUCAUCCGGGCAGAUAUAAGCAGAGUCCUGAAACAGCUUGGUGUUGAGUUCACUGAAAUCAAAGGCGGAUUUAGCUGUCGUCACGCCCCAAGCAUCGAUCUCAACCGGGUCGUUGAUGUUUCCCCGCCCAGCCCUGAUCGACAGGGAAUGGUGAGCAGCCACCGCCGUAGAAUCAGUUUUGGCGGACUCCUCAGUCACGAAAAGGAUGAGAACAGAGAUGAGCAUAAAUAUUCACACUCUACUCGGACUCCACGCCGUCAUCAAGGCUCACCUGAUCGAAGUUUUAUCUCUAAUUCAGAUGGCUCUGACGAAUACAUGGCUGCCCGUGAUAAUGUGGGCGGUGAGCGCGUUGUUGGGGAGACGACUACUCGAGUCCAGAGCGACACGGGCGGUAACCUGGUGCUCAAAUUUGAAAUCUUGAUCGUCAAGGUUCCUCUCUUCUCGCUGCAUGGUAUACAAUUUAAGAAAGUGUCAGGUGGCAUGUGGCAGUACCGAGAAAUGGCGAAAAAGAUUCUGGAUGCUCUUAAGCUCUAG